CUGUAUAGAGCUAUCUAUAUAACUGGGCUUCAGCCAUGGCUGGGGUUAAGAAUGCAAGUAGAAAGAAUAGGAGUAGAAAGAAUGAGAGUAAAAAGAAGGCCAAAACUGAAAAAAGGGCUGGUGUAGAAGCUGAAGCAAAGAGGGAGGCUACUGACAUAGUCAGAUCUGUAUCCAAGACCCAGGCCAAAGCAAUAGCCAAGGCAGGGACUCAGGAAGAUGCAGUGGCAGAGGUGAAGACAGCGUCUAAGAACAAGAUUGUUACUGAGAUGAAGGAAGGAGCUCUGGCAGAUUUCAGUCCCAAAGCUGAAGAUGAGGCCACUAGAGCAUCUCGGUCUACAUGUAAAGAUAAGACUGGUAUUGAUACCUGGUUUUGGGCUGGGGAAGAAGCCAGUGUUGGUUCCUGGUUCUGGAAUGGAGAAGAGACUGGUAAUUGUUUCAGUGCUAAGGAUGAAAGUAAAGCUGAUAUUUGUCCCCCAUCCUGUGCUAAGAAGUUGGAGCCUGUGGCUGGGGCCAACUGCAAGGCUAGGCCAGGGGCUGAGGAGGAGGAGGAGGAGAACGUUAUUGGGAGCUGGUUUUGGGAUGGAGAUGAAACUAGUUUUGACCCUAACCCUAGACCUGUGAGCAGGAUAAUUAAGCCCCAGCCUGUGGAUGAAAUUAAUGAAAAAGAUAGGCCCAAGGACUGGUCUGAGGUAACUAUCUGGCCCAAAGCUCCUGCUGUAACUCCAGCAGUGCUAGGCUUUAGAUCCCAAAUCCCAUUUGAGAAAAAGCCUCCUUCAUAUGUUGUCCUGGCCUCCGCUGAGGAAAAUACCUGUUCUUUGCCUGUGGCAACAGCGGCAUGCCCUUCUAGGAGCACUCCCUCAAGCUCACAGCCUAUCUCAGAGUACCCAUUUGGUUCUGACCCUUGUAUCCAGACCAUAGAGGAGAUUAGACGCCAAAUCAGGAUCAGGGAGGUGAAUGGGAUUAAGCCAUUUGCUUGCCCUUGCAAAAUGGAAUGCUACAUGGAUUCUGAGGAGUUUGAAAAACUUGUUACCUUACUUAAAUCAACUACUGAUCCUCUCAUUCAUAAAAUAGCUCAAAUUGCAAUGGGGAUCAUUAAUGUUCAUCCAUUUGCCCAAGAGUUCAUUAAUGAGGUGGGGGUAGUGACACUUAUUGAAAGCUUGCUUAGUUUUCCUUCCUCUGAAAUGAGAAAAAAGGCUGUAAUUACUCUGAAUCCCCCCUCUGGGGAUGAAAGACAACACAAGGUUGAAUUACAUGUUAAGCAUAUGUGUAAGGAAACCAUGUCUUUUCCCUUGAACUCACCUGGACAGCAAUCCGGAUUAAAGAUACUAGGACAACUGACUACUGAUUCUAACCAUCACCACAUUGUUGCCAAUUACUUUUCAGAGCUUUUUCAUUUGCUCUCCCUGGGAAAUCGUAAAACCAGAAAUCUUGUUUUGAAAGUACUUUUGAAUAUGUCUGAAAAUCCAACUGCAGCCAGAGACAUGAUCAAUACAAAAGCAUUAGCAGCAUUAAAACUCAUCUUUAACCAAAAAGAGGCAAAAGCCAAUCUCGUUAGUGCUGUGGCCAUAUUUAUUAACAUAAAGGAGCAUAUCAGAAAGGGCUCAAUUGUAGUUGUUGAUCAUUUGAGUUAUAAUACACUCAUGGCCAUUUUCCGUGAAGUUAAAGUGAUCAUCGAAACAAUGUAAAAUGAGCUAGAAAUAAAAGAACCCUUUGAACAAUCUCCAAACUCUUA